AUGGAAGAUUAUGUCGAUAUUUGCCGCUCAUCCGUCAAAUGGGGUAAAAUAUCUUCCCAAGGAGCAUUUCAAGCAAUUAAGAUUGCUGCUACUAGCUUUCCCAAGAUCACUCCUACUUUAGCUUACAAUGGCUUUGAUGAGUAUAAAGAGCGCAUUUGCUAUUAUCAUACUUGGUUUAAGGAGUAUGAUCGUUUAUACUUUGAGAUUUGGCGGCGGGUCACAAAGGGAACGAGUUUCAGAAAGGCUAUGGAGGACGUUUGUAAGAUGAACAAGUUUCCGGUACGACAAGGUUUAAUGCAAACUGCGCUGGACCAUGAGUACACCAUGACGUUGAUGGAAGAGGACUUCCAUACCUGCACGGCAGCCAUUCGCCCUGGAGUUAAAGAGGAUAAAGCUAAGGAGUUGAUUGCAGACGGAGUUAAAAAGCUGGUUAAUAUGCCCAAGUCCUAUGAGGAUUAUAUCAGAAAAAAGAUAGAGAUCGCACGCAUUAUUGGAAUCCUUCCUUCCGAGAAGACUGUGGCAACAGUAUAAUGAAGAUUCUGAAGAAUGAGAUAAUUGGCAAACAAGCGUCGUUUAUAAGAUUAUGAAACUGAACCAUCCAUUGUCAUGUUGCACUGUGCUUCCCACAUGUUGUUGUUGUGUGUAGAAAUGGCAGUGACCUGUAAGAUACUGUAAUAGAUCAUUUAUGCUGUCUGAGAGCAAUUUUAGCAGUACUACUUGACAUAUACACCC